AGCUGACCAAGUCAAAAGGAGGAUACAUGCUCAGGUCAUCCACUAUACCGUGACUCGGGGCGGACCGCAAGUCUGAAUUAGAGGCCCUCCUUAGAGAGCCGUAGAUGUUGUGACAGUCUGAUGGUGAGAAUGUUAAUUAGUGCACAUUCUUCCUUCUGAGUACGAUUGCACUUGAUACGUACGCAAUUUUCAAGGUACAGCAGUCUUGCCGUAUGGAUGUUUGACCUGCAGCCGUUGGUGAUGGUCAGUGAUGUUCAGUGGGAGUGAGCUCGUUCGGAACUUCGGUGAUGCUCGUCAUAAUGAUGUACACGAGGUAUAGUUCUCUUCCAGGUGCAUGGGAGGUAAAGCUUUGGUAAUGAGUGACAAUGCUUUGGGGAUGAAAGGGGAAUAUAUACACCGGAGCCGGAAAUUGAUUUCGUCAUUCUUCACAGAUGUCGUUUCGCACACCAGCGCACCUGCACCAAUGACUCAGGAUCGAAAACCCACCGACAUCGUCUGCUCGAGAGUACGAAUGCUAUUCACAGAUCCCCUGCAUCAGAGACUCGCCGAUCACCCGUUGGGAGCAGGUUCAGCUCGAGCUGUAAAGAAAUGAGCCGGCAUGGAAAGCUUCUGACAUGAUCUUGCCAUGCAUGUCAGACCCACACUCACACUCUCUCGCUCGCUCACAAAGGUUCGGAUUCUGGACCCAUUUCCAUCGCUUAAGAGCCAGAUCACUCAUCCCCCAGUAAUAUUAAACUCCUGCACGGGAUGAGCCAAGUCUGUGACAAAGGAGCUCAUUUGUGUCUCCGGUGUCAGCAUGGACCUGGCAUCGGGACCUGGGUUCUGGUUAUUUUACAUCAUACAAUCCUCGACGUGUACCAACACAAUACAGCGAUAUACUGACGGAGUUCGUUCUUUCUCUCUGGCUCUCUGCAUCUCUUCCAUAACAUUCCUUAGUCUCGACAUUGCACUUCCUGUAGAAGAUGUGGCCACUGCAUGCAUGCAUGCAGUGGCAGUUUAGCAGCUCUAGUCUGGUCCGAGCCCCAGGCAAAUUCAACACUCCGUGACUCAGCUGCACCAGUGUCCAACCUCGGUCGCACUAAUCAAGUAUACCACACCCCAUGGCGAGCCAAGCAUCCAUUCAUGUGGACUUUCAUCAUCACUAGCAUCCCGGGGCUCGGGGCUUUCGUCUCCGAGCCGUGCCUGAUCCAGAUGUCCGCUCUCUAGGGGCUAGCAGGGCACCUCGGAUUUGGCAGCCCGGUGUCGGCAUCCAG